CUAAAUCAUUGCAAUUGAUAUCAUAAGAAAGUCUUUGAAUUGAUUUUCAUAUCAAAUCAAAUAUUACAGUAUAUUAUUGAAAACAUGAAGAAGUGUGUAAUAGUAUUAACAUUUGGUUUUCUAAUUGUUGUUUCAAUUAAUUUCGAUAUUACCGAAGGAGGCGGUGGUGGAGGAGGUUGGGGCGGUGGAGGAUAUGGAGGUGGCAUAAGUAAAGGAGGUUAUGGUGGUGGGGGUGGAUGGGGUGGCGGCGGCUAUGGAGGUGGUAAAGGAGGUUACGGUGGUGGUAGAGGUGGUCAUGGAGGUGGAGGAUGGAGCAGUGGUGGUCUGAGUAAAGGAGGUUAUGGUGGUGGAGGAUAUAGUAGUGGCGGAAAGGGAGGCUAUGGUGGCGGCGGAUGGAGCGGUGGUUAUGGAGGAGGAAAAGGUGGUUAUGGUGGUGGUGGCGGUUAUAGCGGUGGCUAUCGCAAGGGCGGUGGAGGUUAUGGAGGAGGAGGUAGAAGUCAUGGAGGAGGCUAUGGCGGAGGAUAUGGUGGAGGUAAACGAGGCGGUUAUGGUGGAGGUUAUGGUGGAGGAUAUGGCGGUGGAAAACGAGGCGGUUAUGGUGGUGGUCAUGGCGGUGGUAGUCGGGGAGGAUAUGGUGGUGGACAUGGAGGCAAAUGGGGUAAAUAAAACUAUUUUAACUCAUUUAACAUGCCAUCAGUGAUCCAAGAUUUAAAAAAGUAUAUUUUUUUGUAUUUAAAACUUUUAAAAUUAGUUUUUUUAUAUUUUAUAUAUAUUAAGAUU